AUGACCGGUCCACACGAUUCAUCAGCGCCCAACCUGGAAUCCAUCCUCACCCGUCUCACAGAUACUAUGCAGACCAUGAACCUCAAACUUGACGAACUGCUUCAUCGUCCGACCUCAUUCCCUUCUCCGCAACCUGAACCACCUCCGCCCUCCCCUGUUCCUGCCACACAACAUAAAAUGAAAUUAGAGGUUCCCAGAUUUGAUGGAACAGAACCUUUAGGUUGGAUAUUCAAAAUCAAUCAGUAUUUCGAAUAUCAUGGAACCCCUGAGCGAGACCGUCUUACCAUAGCUUCUUUUUAUAUGGAGGGCCGGGCACUUGCUUGGUUCCAAUGGAUGUCAAGCAAUGCCCAGUUUACCUCAUGGCCUGGAUUCUUACAAGCCCUGCAAACCAGAUUUGCUCCGUCACAAUACGAAGACCCAACAGGUGUUUUAUUUAAGUUGACACAGAAGGGGUCAGUCAAUCAGUACCUUUCGGAAUUCGAGGACCUCGCGAACAGGGUCAUCGGACUGCCAUCUCCGUUCCUGCUGAGCUGCUUCAUUUCCGGUCUCAACCCGGAGAUUCGUCGGGAGGUCCAAGCUCAUCAGCCCCUCACCCUGGUCCAGGCCGCGGGCCUCGCAAAGCUUCAGGAAGAAAAGAUUUCUGACAACCGCCUUUCCUCACGCCCUCGCGCACCACCUCCGCAACCUAACCCCCUUCGUGUUCUUCCUGCUUCCGCUGAACCUCGUCAAACCCUUCCCCCUUUGCUUCCGGCCCCUCCACGCCCUACCCCGCCUAUUAUGAAACGUCUCACGCCGGAGGAGCUAACCUCACGCCGUGAGCGUGGGUUAUGCUUCACCUGCGAUGAACGUUACCAUCGCGGCCAUCGCUGCGCCGCUAGGGCUUUCCUCUUAGUGACUGAAGAAGAGGACCCCUCAGACUCUAAAAUAGACCCCCCUGACCCGCCACCUGACCCGCCUCAUGAACCCGACCCAUUUCAGGCCCAAAUAAGCCUUAAUUCAUUUUCGGGCCACCUGGCACCUGAGGCUUUGCGUAUGGUGGGGCUCAUGGCUGACCACCGUGUGGUGCUGCUCAUUGACGGCGGCAACACCCACAACUUCGUGCAACCAGUAUUAGUGACCCAAUUGGGCCUUCCCUGCCGCCGUAUUUCACCAUUGCGCGUAAUGGUUGGCAAUGGCCAACACUUGGAUUGCGCUUGCAUCUGCGAAGGUGUUUCCAUCAUGAUUCAGGACGUCAUGUUCACCAUGGACUUACACGUACUACCUAUUGUCGGCGCCAACGUGGUCUUGGGAGUCCAGUGGCUCAAGACCCUGGGCCCCAUUCUCACUGACUACGGGUCUCUGCGGAUGCAAUUCUUUCAUCAAAAUCAGUUAAUAGAAUUAAAAGGGGAGAACACGAAUGACUCCGGGAUCAUCACUCACCAUCAACUCCGGCGACUUUGCCGGACACAGACCCAAGCCUCUUAUUUCCGUAUUGCGCUCAUCACCGACAACCCUGAACCUCCACCACCACACACCUUACCCCCAGAAAUCCAAGCCUUACUUAUACGUUUCUCGACCCUAUUUCAGAACCCCUCCGGCUUACCUCCUAACCGUGACACCGACCACCAUAUCCACCUCCUUCCCCACACCAAUCCCGUGAAUGUCCGUCCGUAUAGAUAUCCCCAUUACCAGAAGAAGGAGAUAGAGCAGCAAGUCAAUGAUAUGUUACAAAAAGGACUCAUCAGACCAAGUACAAGUCCUUUUUCAUCCCCCGUUCUCCUCGUCCGCAAGACCGACGGCUCUUGGAGAUUCUGCGUUGAUUACAGAGCUCUUAACGCCGUCACGGUUCGUGACCGGUUUCCGAUUCCGACAAUUGAUGAAUUGUUGGACGAAUUGGGUGGUGCUCAGUACUUCUCUAAGCUUGAUUUACUUCAAGGAUAUCACCAAAUACGCAUGCACGACCCCGAUAUACCUAAGACUGCUUUCAGAACCCACCAUGGACAUUACGAAUUCAAAGUAAUGCCAUUUGGGCUCUGCAAUGCACCAAGUUCCUUUCAGGCCACCAUGAAUAGCAUAUUCCGACAGCACCUCCGCCACUUUAUCAUCGUUUUCUUCGAUGAUAUCUUGGUGUAUAGCACUUCAUUCGAGGCUCAUCUUCACCAUUUGACAAUUACUUUCUAG